GUGUUUGAAAUACUAGGUGCUCUUUGUUAUAUGUGCAAAGGGUCUGAUCAUAGGCAUUGAAGAGUCUCUAAUAGGAGUGGUGUUGCAGAGUGAAUCAUGCAUUAGGAAGCUACGUUGCUUGACUAUCUCCUGUCAUAUUUCAAGGAUGUGGGAUUAUUGCAGUGGGCUCCUUUCUCUUGUAGUAACAUUCUGGCUUUGGAAAAUUAAGAGAAUCUGUUCCACUCCAGCUAUGCAAAUUUUAUGGUGCUAGGUAGUGCUGUGAUUGAUAUCAGCCACCAGCUUGCAGAGCAGGAUGUGGAGUGGAGCCAAAGGACACCACUGAGAAUUCCAGAGCCAGGUGUGUGUGGAACAACAUUGUGGUUUAACUUUGCAUGUGCAAAUGUUUGAUCUUCCAGAACCUCAUGCUACUUAAGAGUGACUCAUGAGUUUCUCUUUGUUUUCUCUCUCUCCUGCAAUAUUGCAGUAAUUCUGGUCUGCCUGAAACCUUUCCUUCAUCUAGCAUUUCAUAAGAGAUUGAGAUUUAAACAGUGAUCUCAUUCUAACAUUACAUAUGCACCUGACUUCUGGGGAGACUUCACUACAGCUGAUCUUAAACUCUUCUUGCCUCUCUCAGGCCUUGUCUACACUGGCAAGUUUCUGUACGCACUGCCAAGCCACUUAAUGCGCAGGAACUGUGCAGUUGCAACACUGUAAAAAACCACCCCUAUGAGAGGUGUACAGCUUUCUGCGCCUGGGCUACAGUGCCGUGGUGCCAGUGUAGACACCCUUGUCGAUUACAGCACUGCAGUUGGCCUCUGGCAGGUGUCUCACAAUGCCUGUUCUCGCCUCCCUGGUCAUCGGUUUGAACUCUACUGCCCUGCCCUCAGGUGACCAACCAGGAGCCCCAUGCUGUAAAUUCCUUGGGAAUUUUGAAAGUCCCCUUCCUGUUUGCUUGGUGACACAUACAGUGGUCUCAGCCCAUCUUUCCAGGUGACCAUGCCUGGUCCACCCACCAGGCGACCUCCCGCUUGGAGCAAUGCUGAGCUGCUGGACCUCAUCAGCAUUUGCGGAGAGGAGGCUGUCCAGUCCCAGCUGCGCUCCAGUCAUAGGAAUUAUGAUACCUACAGACAGAUGUUAUGAUGCAUGACAGAAAGGGGCUAUGACUAGGACACACUGUGGUGCAGGGUCAAAGUGAAGGAGCUGUGGAACGUCUACCACAAGGCCCAGGAGGCAAACCACCACUCCAGUGCUACGUCUAUGAGCUGCCGGUUCUACAAAGAGCUGGACGUGAUACUUGGUGGCAACCCCACCUACACUGCGAAGGCCACUGUGGAUACUUCGGUGGCUCACGUGCCAGUUGAGAGUGGACCGAGCCAGGAGAGGAAAUCUUGGACAAGGAAGAGGAGGGGAACCCAGAGGCAGAGGAUGACUCGGAGCUCAGAGAUGCAUGUAGCCAGGAGCUCUUCUGUACCCCGGAGGAUGCUAGCCAGUGUCGGAGCUUGGCAAAGUGCAAACAGGAGAGGAGGCCCUGAUAUGACCUUGGGAGCCCAGCCUCCCUCUUUGUUGUCGCCGGCUGAACGGCUGCACAGAAUUAGAAAGCGGCCACGAAGAACUAAAGAAGACUUUCUGCGUGAUGUCACGAUGCGCUCCGCGGAUGAAAAACAAGAAUUGAAGGAGUGGCGGGACAGCGAGAAGAGGGACCAAAAGGAGAAUGUGGCGCGCCAGAACGAAGCCCCAGAGCGGCUCUUAAAGAUUAUGGAGCGCCAAGUGGACACAUUCCAGGCGCCACUAGCACUGCAAACCGAGCAGCUCUGUGCCCACCCUCCCCUAAAACUCUUUCCCAUGCACCCCCCAGACACUGCCAACACACUCUUAUCAAUCUCCUGACUCCAGUCUAUACCCACUUCAUUCCACUCCUGCCCCAUCACAGUCCAGCCCUGUGGACUCCCAGUACCCACUGCACUAA